UGGCAAUUCUAUGUAUGGGAGUACUAGGUGGACAGGCAAUCUAUAAGUAUCGCGUUCCAUAUACUAUACUACAUAGGGGAAUGAGUUCAGCUCCCGCGAGCCAACAUAUCGCGACUUCGACAUGGCAGGUAACAACAGUUAUAAUGGCAAAAACGACAUCAGCAGCAGGAGGGCAGGAUCAGAAUCCUGUCAGGCGAAAGGGGAAUCAUCCGCAUCGCAAAGAGUCAACAAAAACAAAAGGAACCCCUAUUACAACCAAGCAAGUUCAGCGCCCUUGAGGCUGGGCCCCAUCCGUCAGGCCUCCCCAGUUUCCAAUGAAAACUACAAAUUAGAUCAAAAAGCAGGCAAAGCCAAAGCCCAUCACUCCAAAUGCCAAGUCAUGACGCUUUGCGAAUACAGUCAAGAGAGGGGACGACGACAUCGAUCAAAGAUAUUCGUUUAUGACACCGUCGCGCGCGAGAGAAAGCAUCAAAGCAUGUAUCGAAAGCGGUAUGUUCCAUGGAAAACAGAAUUGAAGGAGCAAAUGGCGACAUCGCCGCGAUGGGAUAAUGUUAUACAGGCCCCCAAAUUGAUCAGAAAGCACAGCGCGACAUCCUCAGAACGAGACACUUGAUUGGAUUGCUUCAUGAAAGGGGAAUCUCAGAUGAACUUUUCGCAAAAAGCCUGCCCAGGGAGUAUAUGGGAACCAAUGCGCAAAUGAAACAGAUCCGAUUGCUGUCGUACACAUAAGGAUAAGACCUGUGGAGGCCCCUAGGACAUGAUAAUCAAUGUGAGAUAGGGGUUGAAAGACGCAUUGGAAUGGAACGAAACGCACACAACAGACUGGAUGAGAGGGGAAUUGGAGGGGUAGGUAAGAA